AUGCUGAUGAAAAGAAAUGGCUGCGCGAUAAAUGUGAGGAACGACUACAACAACCCUGUGGAGGGAUUUGGCUCAGCGUCGUCCAGAUGCAUUUUCGUACGACUGCGGGAUCGCAGAGAAUGUAAACUCCGGAUCGUAAGUGCCCACGCACCUACGGGAACCGCUGAAGAGAACAAAAGGGACGCUUUCUGUUAUAAAGCCAACGCGUUGAUAUCUGAAAUACCCAGGCAGCAAGUGGUAAUUGUCGAAACCGACGCAAACGCGAAGAUGGGACUGUGGCAACGAUGUUAUGUAGAGCAGACGGACCUCAUAAACUUUCCUCGUUUUGGAGCUGUCAAACUACAGCUCGACUACGCCUUGAAGAGGAACAUUCCUCAGUUGGAUAUUUGGAAAUCUAGAGCUGCUUGGAACUUCGCUUUCGAUUCUGAGUCGAGGAAGAAGUUCGCUUUUGUUUGUGCGGAAACAAAAUCCACAGAUAAUUCUACAUGUGCCAACCGCAGUACUGGUGAUUUCAACCAGGAGAAACGUCGUCAGCAGCAAGACUGCAAAAACGAAUUGAUAUUAAGAGCAAAGAAGUUUGAAAGGACAUGGCAGGACAUGAACCCGAAGAAAGCUUAUGAUGAUUUGGAUGAUGAUGUACGUUCGAAUGGAAUGGCAAAAGAUACAGUCGUCGAGAACGUUCCAAUUAUAAAAGCGGAUGAAAGAGAAACUUGGUCGACAAAGGUCGAUUUCCUUCUCUCUGUGAUUGGUUUCGCAGUUGAUCUGGCGAAUAUAUGGCGAUUUCCAUAUUUAUGCUUCAAAAACGGUGGAGGUGUAUUUUUAAUACCAUACACAUUAAUGGUGUUAUUAGCGGGCAUUCCACUUUUCUAUAUGGAACUCUCAUUAGGACAAUACUAUCGUAAAGGAGCAAUAACUACAUGGGGACGUAUUUGUCCACUAUUUAAAGGAAUUGGCUACUGUGUGAUUAUGAUCGCUUUCUACACGGAUUUCUUCUACAAUGUCGUCAUCGCAUGGGGAUUACACUAUUUGUACGCGUCGUUUACAACUAAUUUACCGUGGGCCAGUUGCAAUAACUCCUAUAACAGCCCUGCAUGCUAUGAACCACAUUGGAGUGAUGGAUCAUCACAUUGUCGGCCACCAGUUCAGGAUGAAUCAUCAAGAAUUUCUGCAGCAGAAGAAUAUUUCUACAAAGGUUUUCUUGGCCUACAUGCUCCCGGCGACACCACAUCCCACGUCGCUAGAGGUCUCGAUGACUUGGGUGAUAUGAACUGGCAUAUAGCAAUCUGUUUGGCGGUUGUCUACUUGAUUUGCUAUUUUUCGCUCUGGAAAGGGAUUGGAAUGAGUGGAAAGGUUGUAUGGUUCACAGCUCUUUUUCCGUAUGUUGUGCUUGGCGUUCUAUUCAUUCGUGGUAUAACUUUGCCUGGAUCGGAAAUGGGAAUUGACUACUAUCUUAGGCCUAAAAUAGAAAUGCUCAAGGUCCUUGGCUACAUGUCCUGCAAAAGCGGUAAGCCAAUCGAUUCAGUCGCUCAAGAAGGACCAGGUCUCGUGUUUGUGGUGUAUCCGGAAGCGUUGGCUACUAUGCCAUGGGCACCAGGAUGGUCGGUACUAUUCUUCCUCAUGCUAAUGACGUUGGGACUCGACAGUUCUUUUGGUGGAUCAGAGGCGAUCAUCACAGCGUUAUCAGACGAAUUUCCUACAAUCAAACGCAAUCGUGAAAUCUUCAUAGCGUGCCUCUUUUCAUUUUAUAUGCUCGUCGGGUUUUUUAUAUGUACGAAUGGCGGCAUACUUAUUAUGGAAUGGUUGAUCGUGUAUGGUGUAACAUGGAGUAUAUUAAUCGCAGUAUUUUGCGAAGCUAUGGUCGUCGCCUAUAUAUACGGAAUCAGUCAAUUUGUACGCGAUUUGAAAGAAAUGCUUGGAUUUGAGCCGGGAAUCUAUUGGAGGAUAUGUUGGAUGUUUUUGGCGCCAGUAUUUUUACUAAUGAUGAUCCUAUCGUCAUUUAUUCAUUACCAACCGUUAACGUACCAAGAUUACAAAUUUUCACCGCUUGCUAACAUUCUUGGCAUAUUUUUUGCCUUAUCCGCUGCAUCUGCUAUACCUAUUGUUGGUCUUUACAAAUUCUACACAGCCAAAGGUAGUACCAUACGAGAGAAAUUUCGACGAGUGGUGAUGCCGUAUCGAAGGCGACCAUCGCAGCAUGAAUAUGUUCCCAUCGGACGACGACAUUCAUCCGAUGUGAUGUUAUAG